AUGGCCUUGCCUGGCACACCUUUUCUCAAUAUAGCCCUAAUCGCCGAGCAGAGGUCGACCUAUCGCGACCAAGGUUAUUCGGACGAGGAAUGCGCAGCUCUACCACACAUCGGUGAAGCCGACAAGGUUUUGACUACCUUGCAAGAAUUGGGACAUCAUGUUACGCUGGUGCCAGGAAUACAAGCCCUUGUCAAACACCUAGCGGCUGGCACAAAUAAGCAUUGGGACCUAGCAUUUAACAUGGCACAGGGAUUCCAUGGGCUAGCCAGAGAAGCCCAGAUCCCAGCGCUGUUAGACGCUUACCAGGUUCUGUACACGUUUUCAGACGCUGCAACGAUGGCAUUGUGUCAGAACAAGGUCUCUACUAAGAUUAUCCUAGCUCAUCAUAAGAUACCAACUGCCCCAUUUACAGUGAUCUCACGGGAGGAACAGAAACUGAACCUUGAGAAUCUUACCGAUAUGCUACCACAUUAUCCACUUUUUUUAAAGCCGGUUACUGAAGGAUCGUCCAAGGGGAUUGACACAUUUAGCAAGGUCACGGAACCGGCAGACUUAGAGUCGGCGGUCAAAAAGCUAAGAUCACUAUUACCAGACCAAGAUAUCUUGGUAGAACCCUUUCUGUCAGGCCGGGAGUUUUCUGUGAGCAUUCUAGGAACUGGUGCUCAGAGUCGCGUUAUUGGCGUAACAGAAUUUCUGUGGAAAAAGCCUUCCAGCGACAGGACUGUGAGAAAUGGAAGCUGCAACAGUCUAGAGUUUGCCAGCAGAAAAAGCAAGUGUAGUGACACCGACAUGCUGGUAGAACGCAACGACCCUGGUCUUAUGGCCGAUACUCAGGUCAAGGCUGCCUGUCAAGUUGCAUUGGACGCUUGGAAAACUUUUGGCUGCCGCGAUGCUGGGCGUGUCGAUAUUCGAUUCAGCUCCAAUGAGCUAGAUGCCGUUCCCAAUGUUCUAGAGCUGAAUCCUAUUUCCGGACUUCUUCCUGGCCAUUCCCCGUUGGCACGCAGUACUGAAGCAAACGGUUUUCCAUACAAGAAUCUGUUGGCUGCAAUCAUCCAAAGUGCAUUGGCCAGGAAGGCAGCUGGUAAUACUUAG